AUGGGCUUCAUCACUUCUCUUCUGAGGGUAAGCCCUCUGCUAGGGUUUCUUGCCAAAGCUUCUCCGAUCUCAUCCAAUUAUGCGAAACCAAGCUAUUGCACAACAUAUCAAAGCCAAGGCGAUGAACUCCUUCUUUCUAUGUCUGCCGCAAAAUGCUAUGUGUAUAAAGUUUGCUCCGCCGAGUUGGCAUCAUACUCCACUUAUCCCGUUGCGACUGUCACGACGACCUCAACUAUAUUCAAUACUGUUACGGCCACUACUUCUGAUGUCACCGGCACCGAAACAUUCACAAAUGGUGUAACUGAGACCGACCUCACUACCAUCACCAAUGUACAUACGCCAGCAGAUGCAACACUUACUAGCCAAGCAACAGCUAUCGUGACAAGUUUCACCACUGAUGCAACCCAAACGUCUUUGAAUACUAUCAGCACGGAAACCAUCCCAGAAACAACAACCGCCAUUGUUACAAGUGUUUAUGUCACCACAGUUACGAGCUAUACAACCACGGCCACCGUCUAUGUUACUGCCGCGACUGCAACCGAAUUUAUCACCACAAUAGAGACCUCGACGACACAAACGACCGAUCAGGCCACAGUAACGAUUGGUGAGGUGGUCACCACAACAGAGGUUCUCACCACUACUCAAACAUCAGUUAUCCUAGAGGUCGUUUCUACCACUACGACAGUCUUCGCCAAUAAGAAGAGAGCCGCUACAACAUCAAGUGCGGACAAGAAGGAAGACUGGAUCUCAACAUAUGGUGCCGAACAAUUCCAUAGCGCUUGUGCUUGCUUCGUUGGCUAUCCCCAAUCGGCUGCGACUUCCACUGCAAGCGUUCAGACAUAUGAAACGGUCUACACCACGAUCUACACUACUGUAGACCAAGCUGCCUCGGUAACAGUCGACCAGUCCGCGACAGCUAUCAAGACUGCGACUCUGGACGUGACCGCAUCUCAAGGUACAACGGUUGUGGUGCAGACAUCCACAUCUACCACCAUCAUUUCUGUCGAGGCCACCGUGACUGUUGGCGCUACAGCUACGACGACCGCCACCACCACCGAGACAACAACGACGGUGGUGACAUCGACAGCUACCGACAAUGAGAUCUCGACUGAAGUGUCGCCGGUCACCGCAACGGAAACGUCAACCCUCACUCUUACCACCUCGGUAGUAGACGAAGUGACAGUCACCAACACGGUGUUCAGCACGUCCACCGUUGAGAUUGACACCACGACGACCGAGGCGGCCACGCUCACCUCGACCACCACCUCGGUCGCCACACUGACCACGACGACCGCCGUCCCCACAGAGACGGCCUACAUCACCAUUGGCUCCGGCCCAAGAGCUGGGAAAUACCUGACGGUCGUGAACCAGUAUGUACAGUUCGCCAGCAGCGGCACCGGCCCCGAAUUUGUCUUCGACACGGCCACCGGUACCAUCACUCAGGCGAGCCAGCCCGAUCUCACGCUGCACGUCCAUCAAGCGAGCACUAGGGUCGGCGUCUUGUACUUCGAAACCGCGGCAUCUGCUGGUACCACGGAUGCCGCCGUGACGUGUACGAAAUCCAGCUCUGGCGUGCUGAGCUGCCAGACGGCACAGGGUUUUAACCACAUCUACAACUGUGGCGCUUAUCUCUACAUGGCUACUGCGACUUGGGUCCAGAGUGGAUGUGUUGACGUCAGCCUUAUAUUUGCUUAA